AUGGAAAAGAAGAAGAAGCUGAGUAGCUCCCCCUCCCACCACUUGACGAUGCCAAAGAAGCAUAGCGGUCCUGAAAGAGACGGAAUGGCACCGCGGCUUUCACAAAUUUACAAACCGAGGACGUCAAGCCAUGAAGUUUUUGAUCCAGGAGAUGAAGAGUCUACCACAGAUUUAACAAAAAGUGAGUUCUUGGCAUUCAAGGCUAGCUUUUCAAGACCAAAGUAUGGCAACACAUAUAGAAUGGAACCGUAUAGAACAUUUGAGGCUCAUGUAAUAAGGAAGAAAGCUGAAGACAUCCUAAAGAAUAAACUCGAGGAUUACAAAUAUGAUGGGUCCACGGCAGCCUCGAUGUGUUUAGACCUCACAGAAGAUAUAUUGACCGCUGUCAAGGAUCAGGGCUUUGACCGUUACAAGUAUAUAGUCCAAGUGUUUAUGGUGGAAAAGUCUGGCCAGUCCAUUCAUAUUGCCAGCAGAUGGGUCUGGGAUGGAGCAAGGGAUAACUGGGUUUCAGCACUACAUGAAAUUGAGAACUAUGUUACAGUGGCUUUGAUAAUUGCUGGCUAUUAUGAAUAACUUCCUGAAAACAAAUGUACCAUCGUAAUAGUACAUUCCUGUUAU